AUGAAGAUUUUUGGCUUCGGGAGUAAGAAGGGCCAGUUGCCCUUAGGCUCCUCCAUCAGUCAAGGGAGAGAAGGCGGUCAUAGAAUCCACUUCCAGCCUGGGUAUCGCAUCCUACACAAGGACCUCGGAACGAUCCACAAAGCUGCUAUUGUAGGGAAUGUAGCCAAAGUGCAGCAGAUUCUGUUGCUGGGCAAGAAUGGCCUGAACGACAGGGACAAGAUAAACAGGACUGUGCUCCACUUGGCCUGUGCCAAUGGCCAUUCAGCGGUGGUCACUCUGCUCCUGGAGAGAAAACGCCUGCUUAACCUCUGUGACAAUGAAAACAGGACCGCGCUGAUGAAGGCCAUAUAAUGCCAAGAAGAGGAGUGUGCAACUCUUCUGCUGGAGCAUGGUGCCGACCCUAAUGUCAUGGACGUCUGUGGGAACACCGCUCUCCACUACGCUAUCAUUUGCCAGACUAUAUCACUCACAGCAAAGCUGCUUUCCUGCGAGGCCAAUAUAGAAGCCAGGAAGAAGGAUGACCUCACACCGUUGUCGCUUGCUAUAAGUGAAAGGAAACAGCAAAUGGUGGAGUUUUUCACAAAGAAAGAAGCAAAUAUACAUGCAGUUGAUAAGAUGAAAAGCAUUCACCAACUGAUUUCUGAAUAUAAAGAAGAGAGACCUAAAACUCCUCCUGAAGACAGCAACCCAGUGGAGAAUGAGAGUUCUGAAGAAGACUCUUUAAGCAGGUUUUCCAACAAACCUGGUGUUGAUUCAUGGCCUACAUCAGAUGAUGGGCUUAGAUUUGAAACCAAGAAUGUCCUGAAACCAAACUUAAUAAAGCUAAUGAAUGCUUCUCAGCAAUCCAAAAGAAACAUACAAGCAAAAUGUGGCAUUGUGAGACCAGAGAGUACAACCUUCUCUGAGGACAAUAAUUCUGAUAGGGAAAUUGAAGAUGUGGUUGAAACCAUUCCCGAACCAUCACCUGGAGUCCAGGGCUUCUCUCAUCCUGCCUUCCCAUUGCCUGAGCCUCUUCCACAACCUCUCAAGUCUCUCACAGGCCUUGUCUUACAAAGGCAAGAAGGAGCCACAAAGCCAGAGAUUGUAGACAAAGAAAGUGAUACAGAUAUUAUUGAAAGGGCUCCACAAGAGCAAAUAAAUCAUGACCAUUUGAAUUCUGUUGACGGAACACAUAAAAAUAAUAGAAGUGAUAUGAUGUCAGCCUUAGGAUUGGGAGAAGAGGAAGAUAUAGAAUCACCUUGGGAUUCUGAGAGUAUCUCUGAUAGCCUUCCACUAAAGUAUGUGGAUCUUUUAUCUGGAGCUGCUGGUCAAAGAGGAAAAAAUAUGUUAAAUGGACAAGUGGAAGAUGUGUCUUAUAUACCUUGCAUGAUUGGAUCGAGAAACUUUAAGAUGGCUAAACUAGAGGAGCCAAGACAUGUAGGCAUACCAGUAGCCCACAUGGAUUCUCCUGAGAAAUAUCCUAACGUGAAGCCUGCAGUCUUAGUGAAAGAUUCUGUUCCUAGUAAAACAGUCAGAAUGAAGGAUUUACAAACAUCCAGUUCAGCAGAACUAGACUUAGAAAUGACAUCAGAGGAAGAAGAGGAAAAACCUGUUGGAGAUGAAAACAACCAUUCCCAGGUUGAAGAAGAAAAGAAGAAGCACAAAAGUAGUGAAGUGGAAGUAUCAGACAAUGUAUGUGAUACUGCUGAUGAGAGUGGAUUGAUUAAGCAGACAAAGAGUGGAGGAAACAGCAAUCAGGAGUUUGCUGCUAUGGAGAAUGAAGGUUCUGAUAGCAAUCCUGGCAUGUAUAGAAAGGAAGUAAAGAAAAAGGACAAUAGCAAAUGGACACCAGAAGAACGUGUGAUUGCAACAAUAUUUGAAAAGACCGAUUCACUGACUGGUGGUCUGCUGCGUGUUAAUAAUGACGGCAUUUUAAGUGAAGUGGAUCAGGAUGAUGACAGGCCUGCAAAGAAAACAUCUAAUGAAAAUAACAAGGUCAAAGAACAAAUUAAUUCUGUGGAUGACCGUGAUGACUUAACUCAGUCAUCUGAAACAGCUUCCGAGGAUGGUGAGUUGCUUUACUAUAAGAAUUCCAUGUUGUUAAUUGAACAACUUGACACAGGGUGUAAAGAUUCUGUUAGCUUGUUGAAAAUCCAGGAUACGAUUCUUUCGUAUGAAAAAUUAGUGGAAUUAAAAAAAAGCCACUGUGAACUGCUUAGAGGAAAGAUUAAAAAAAUGGAAAGUAAGGUUUGUGGGCUACAGAAAGAGCUGUCAGAAACCAAAGAAGUGAAAUCACUUGAGCAUCAGAAAGUGGAGUGGGAACGAGAGCUCGGCAGCUUGAAAUUGACCUUAAAGCAAGAAGGAGAGCAGAGAAGAAAUGCUGAUAUGUUGUAUGAAAAUAUUAGGGAGCAGUUAAGAAGAAAAGAAGACCAAUAUAGUAAAAAAGUUGAAAUGAAACAGCAACUUGAACUCACUCUCAGAGAACUAGAUAUGGAACUGAAGACUGUGAGAAAUGAUCUGAAUCAGGUUAUAGAAGCACGAAAUGACACUCAGAAGCAGCUUUCUCGAGAAUGGAAUGGCAGAAUGUUAUGGGAUGGAAUUCUGGCCAAUCACCUUGCCAAACAAAAGGAAAUAGAAAGGGCUAAUAAGGAAAUGAACUCUGAGGUUUCUGAUAGUUGUGAAGAAGCAAAAGACCUGUUGUGCAGAAACUACAUGCUGAAGGAUGAAAUUGCCAUGCUAAGCGAGAUAGAUGCAGUGAAAAAUCGGUACCAGGAAAAGGAAAAGAAAUAUUUUGAGGACAUUGAAAUUGUAAAAGGAAAGAAUGAUGAUCUUCAAAAGACAAUAAAACGGAAUGAGGAAACGUUAACAAAGACUAUAUCCCAGUAUAUUAAGUAUUUAAGCAAGCUUAAUGCUCUGACAGCUAAGAAUACAAUGCUAAACUCUAAGCUGGAGAACAAAAAAGAAAGCAAAUGAAGACUGGAAACGAAAGUGGAAUCUUACCGUUCUAGACUGGCUGCUGCCUCACACGAUCAUGAUCAAUGUCAGACAUCAAAAAGAGACCUGGAACUUGCCUUCCAGAGAGCAAGAGACGAGCGGUUACACUUGCAUGACUAAAUGAAGUCCGAUGUGGCUAACCUGAAAGAUAACAACGAGAUGCUUUCCCAGCAACUUUCUAGAGUGAAAAGUAAGUUCAGUAACCUAGAAAUUAAGCUGAAUCACACGAGAGAUUCUCUCAGAGAAAAGAUUUUGAUGUUAGAACGUGUCCAGAGAGACCUAAGCCAGUGUCAAAAGCAGGAAAUUGAACACAUGUAUCAGAACGAACAAGGCAAAGUGAAUAAAUAUAUUGGAAAGCAGGAAUCCUUAGAGGAGAGAUUAUCUCAACUCCGGAGUGAAAACAUGUUCCAACAGCAACUGGAUGAUACACAAAACAGAGCCUACAGUAAAGAUAAGAUGGUCAUUAGCAUCCAAGACCAGUUUCCAGAUGGUGAACGUGAGAAACAAGGUCUGGUGCUGGAGGAAAGAAACAAGGAGUUAAUCAAUGAGUGUAAUCAUUUAAAAGAGAGAAUGUGUCAGUACGAAAAUAAGAAAGCAGAAAGAGAAGCAGGUGUGAGACAACUUCAACAAGAACUGGCUGAUACCCUCAGAAAGCAGUCUAUGUCAGAGGCGUCACUGGAGGUCUUGUCACGUUAUCGUGCCAACUUAGAAGUUGAGGCACAGGAUUUAAAGAAGUUAUGUCAACUCACAAGUCAGUUGCAAGAAGCACAGGAUCAACUUACAGAGGCUGUGAGAUGUGCUGAGAAAACACAGGAUCAUGUCCAAAAUCUUGAAAUUGAAAAUGCUGAGUUACAAACUACAGUCAAAAAGCAAGUGGGCAAAAUUGAACAGCUUCAGAAAAACCUGUUAAGGACAAAAUCAUCUGAGGAUGACAAGGAACAAUUAAAGAAAUACAUUGAAUUAAAACAAUCUCUGGAAAAUAGCUUGGACCAAGAAAAGAAGAAAAACAGUGAGUUAGAAAAAGAGAUCACUGGAUUUAAGAAACUCUUAAAAAUGACAAGAAGGAAGUUAAAUGAAUAUAAAAAUGGAGAGCUUAGUUUCCAUGGAGAUUUAAAAACCAAUCAAACUGAAAUGGAUAUUCAAAGUAAUAUGCUAAAACAUAAGAUUGAUGAUCUUACAGCAGAGCUGGAAAGUGCAUCUUCAAAAGGUCUGCACCUGGAUGCAAAAAAUCAAGUUCUUCGAGAGGAGUUAUUAUCUAUGAAAGGAAUGCAAAAGAAAUGUGAAAAACUACAGAAGAAUAAAAAGAAGUUGGAGCAAGAAGUAGUGCACCUCAGAAGUCAUAUAGAAAUGAAUAUGAUAGAACACAGUGAAGUAGAGCAGUAUAAAUGGGAGAUUGAAGAAACGGCGAGACAGGAUCUUGUAGAGAAAUUAAAGUAAGUCAACCUAU